AUGAACCCAUACGUUGAGGCGGCAGAAACACUCUUCGAUCCAGAAACAUAUAUCCACACGUCAUCUGGCAACAAAAUAAGCCGCAAGUGCACCCUAUCCGGUGCACACAAUAUUCAUUUACGUGGCAAGACGAUUGUCGACUCGGGUACAAUUGUUCGCGCAGAUUUAGCCAAAGUGUCACUUGGAAAGCAGUGUAUUAUCAGAGAACGAUGCAUCGUGAAACCACCGAUGAGAGUCAUGUCCACAGGAAUUGCUUUCAUUCCAAUGAAAAUUGGCGACUACGUAUAUAUUGGGGAAGAUACGGUCGUGGAAGCUGCAAUGAUUGGGUCUUACGUGCAAAUUGGCAAGAACUGUGUCAUUGGUAAGCGUGUUAUUAUUCGAGAUUGCUGCCGAAUCGAAGACAAUAGUGUGGUGCCUCCUGAUGCAGUUAUCCCACCAUUUUCUAGGAUUGGUGGCAUUCCAGGAAAACUACUUGAGGAUAUGCCAGAGGCAACACAAGAUCUGUGUACUGGGAAGAUCAGUCGCUAUUUUGACAAUUUCAAACCACGAGACAUCUGA